UCGCAACGUGAUUGGUCAGUUAGUUAACUGUAACCAACAAUGCUACGGGAAAAAAAGGAAGCAGCGGCGGAAUGUCGCCAUGUGCUUGCUGCCUUCACUAACCUGUCGGCUGUCAUAUCACAUGUUCGGUAAAUUCGAGGAAAUCCGGUUUUUCAUUUACUAAGUGGGGGGCAGAUCGAGAUGACUACUAAAGCUGAACAACUAAAAAUACGAAACGAUAAUGAACUACAAGGUAAAGAAAACGAUCAUUCAAUGAAGUCUCAGAGUUCUGGUAAAGCAGUAGACACAGAUCCAAAAGUGACCAAUUCGGCCUUAGGAGAAUUAAAUAGAAACAAAUUUAACAUACAGAAGAAACACUUGGAGUGCCAGAAACCAGUUAACACAGACAAAACCAUUGGAGUAGUGGAGAGAAGGGUAGAAAAAAAUGAUGGAACACUGGAUGGAAAGGCUACAAAUUCUGAAAAAAAAUCUUGGACUUUAAAUGACUUUGACAUAGGUAAGCCAUUAGGAAAGGGCAAAUUUGGCAAUGUAUAUUUAGCUAGGGAAAAAAAAUCGAAAUUUCUUAUAGCAAUAAAAGUUCUAUUUAAAAGCUGCAUUAAAGAAUUUAACAAUGAACACCAAGUCAGACGAGAGGUGGAAAUUCAGAGCCACUUGAGACAUCCCAAUAUUUUAAGGAUGUAUGGCUACUUUCAUGAUGAGACCAGAGUAUAUCUAAUAUUAGAAUAUGCACCAAAAGGAGCUGUUUACGCAGCUCUAAUGAAACUACCAGACAAACGUUUUUCUGAGGAUGUUUCCGCAAAUUACAUAGCACAGAUUGCAGAUGCCCUAAGAUACUGUCACACCAGAAAAGUUAUUCACCGAGAUAUUAAACCGGAAAAUCUGUUGCUUGGCGCUAAUGGAGAAAUUAAAAUAGCAGAUUUUGGAUGGUCUGUACAUGCUCCCAGCUCAAGGAGAACUACUUUAUGUGGUACAUUGGAUUAUUUACCGCCAGAAAUGGUAACAGGAAAAGCUCACGACGAGAAGGUCGACUUGUGGGCUCUGGGUGUCCUCUGCUAUGAAUUCCUAACAGGCAAACCCCCAUUUGAAGCAGCAGACUACAGUCAGACUUACAGGAGGAUCAGUCGAGCGAUUUUCAGCUUUCCUCCGUACAUUUCAGAUGACGCAAAGGAUCUUGUUAAAAGACUUUUAGUGGUAAAACCAGAGGCCAGACUGCCCUUAGAUUUUGUGCUUCAACAUCCUUGGAUUGUGAAUCAUGUGCGUAAAGAUGGAGAGAAGGCUUAGUAAGUUUCGUGAUGUUUCAUUUUUUUAUGAUCGUAUACAUUUUAAUAGGACAAUUUUUAAUGCGUGAUUGUACACUUUGACAGUAAGUAGUUACAAAUAACAUAUAUUAUGAUCUAAUUGUGUUCAAUGAUAUAUUAUUUAAUUAUUUUUAAGUGGUUUGUAUUUAUUUUAGUUUUUAAAUUAUUUGGGAUAUGUAUAAGGGUAGUUCUUUAAUCCUGUGGAUGUACUGGAUAGAGGUAAAAGAGUGAAGAAGGUAAGUAUUUAUUCAAUAUUUUAAAACAGUCCACAGUAUUAUUGAAAUACCCCACACAAUUUUAAUUUUUUUUGUUAUUAUACUUAUAUUAUAAAAAUAUUUUUUUUUUAGAAAAACAUGAAAUUUUUGUAUACUAUUCUACUUUAAA